CUCCUUCUCCAUGGACAUGCGGUUCCUUACAGCAGCAGCAGCAACGAGCGACGACGGUGAAGAAUUCUUCUAUAUAAUACCCCUCGAUCAAGCUCGUCGCUGAAGCACUGCAAUGGCGGACAGAUUCAGGCCGAGCAAUUCGCGGAGGAAGGAGGAGGUGGAGGAAGAGGACAAGACGAUGGAUCUCACCCUCCGACUGGGAACGCCGAAGGAGACGUCGGGCACCGCCGCUGAUCAGCCACCGUCCCAACAAUUCUGGCAACCGCACGGAGGCGCGGUGGCAGUUGGCGGAGGAGUCGCCAUCUGGCCGGUGGCGAUAAUUCCGGUGGUGGCGGUGCCGUUCCCGCAGGGGUUCGACCCUGUCUACAGGAGCCCCCGCAAGCGGCCGAAUCCCGACGGCCAGGCGCGAAAUGAAAAUUGGGUCUGCGAGAAUUGUGGGACACGCAGAACCCCUUUAUGGAGGAAAGGUCCCGAAGGACAGACGCACCUUUGCAACGCAUGCGGUCUCCGAAACCGGAGGAACUAACGGUGCGGCAGAGAGCGGCGGCAACUGUUGUGUACGGAUCUGUUCCGGCGAGGGACUUCUGCCGGAUUAUGAAUUUUUUUAUAAUUUUAAUUGUAAUUAAAUCAAGGGUUUUUGUUAGUCAUUUGAAUUUUGUACUUGAUUAAGAAAUAAGUUUGAAUUUUCUAAUUAAUUAGAAAAUAAUAAUAUUUUAUUUUGAUAUUUUUUAUCUUUUUGUACUAUUAUACUU